GAAUGAUCGAUUAUUCUAAUAAUGGCAAACUCAACAGGAUACAAGCUGCGCAGCGCAGCCCAUAAACACUUGACAGAAUCAGAGUGCACAAAGCUCAAGAUAUGUAUCCGGAGAUUCAGAGAGACCCUGUCCGUGCUGGGACUUUGCACGUCUCUACAGAAGUUCAUGGAUACCCCAGACAAAGUGCAUUUGAUGACUCUCAUCUUCCCGAUGAUACCAAAGGACCUUCUGGUGGACUUUGACAACCUAUCUCGACUUCAAUUCGAGCACUACAGUACGCUGGUUAGACCAAAGCUGGUGGAGAAGUACAAAUUGGACGAUGCGAAGAAGCAAAGUCCAAACAAAGGAUUGAGUCGGAAAUCCUCCACUCGUGUCUUGUUGCCUGUGGAGCACAUGCACAACCUAGCAGAGGCCCGAGAACACACAAUGGAAACCUUCAAAGGCAGACGCAGCGAGAUGCAUCGUAAUGGAAGCCAGCAGGCUGUAGAGCUGACUAGAGUGUCAAAGGAACAUAAGCGAAGCAAGACGUAUCAUGCUCUUGAGCAGCCAGUCAGCGGGGACGAAGCUCCUAGGUCAGUGUUUCGUGAACCACAGCCUCCAGUAGUACUCAAUACCAGCCAAACAAGUAGUGAUUCCACACCAAGAGUCAGACUAGGGGAGCUCAGGCAGGAGUCUACACCAAAAUCUCUCAAGGUGCGACGAGUGACCCUUGAGAGGCGAGAAGGGCAGUCCUUUGGUUUUUGCAUUCGAGGUGGCAUUGACCUUAACACUGGCAUAUUUGUCUCUGAGGUGGACUCUGGGGGCCAAGCUGAGCAAAAGGGAAUGAAAGUAGGAGAAAGAAUCCUCAAAGUGAACAACGUAGUCUUCAAGAGCAUCAGCCAUUCUCAAGCUGUUGUAGCUAUCAAGUCUGCUUCUCGUAUUCAUGUCUACUUAGCACCUCUUGGUCAGAUGCCUGGUUCUACUGGUACAACACCAAGGAUUGAUGAUCAGAUGUCUGGUAACCUUGGCAGUCAGUUGAGAUUACCUAGCACAGAUACCAUCAACAUGGCGGCAUCUUCCAAGUCCAAGGGUCGUAAGGUCACCAUCCUAGCUGAAGACGAUGGCUGGCUUGGAUUCAGCAUUAGAGGUGGAACAGAUCAGAGCAUGGACAUAACAGUUGCCAAUGUGGAUCUGUCAUCGCCAGCAGAAAGAUCAGGUCUGAAAAAGGGAGAGCGCAUUCUGAAGGUGAAUGGGAAAGCAGUGGAAGGAUUAGAACACAUGCAAAUAGUCAACUUUGUCCUCUCUGCUAGUAUCGUUGUUCUUCAUGUGAAACCUGCUCUGAGGCGAGCAUCUCAGGCUAGUGCCGUGUCAUCCAAGGUGAGGGGUCGGCAUGUUUCGUCCAGUUCAUCUACUGCAAGCAAAGGAGCCAAACAAGAAAUUUCUUCUGGAAACGAGUUUGAUGAAUCCCUUACUCGAUCUAGCGUGAGGAGAGGUCUAAGGUCACCCAUACCAGAGACGGCCCAGGAGAUUGCACAGUUUGUGGCUGAGAUGCAGUCAACCCCACCUGUUUCUACUUCCACACCCCUCCCACCUGAUGAUGAUCCAAGACUGAUCAAGAAUAGGAAUCAGUACAUGAGAGAGAUGUACAAUGGUGCUGCAACCAAUGAGGAUAGUAUCCUUCAAAGGAUGAGAGAAGAUACUGGUGGUGAGGUAGAUGCUCCUCUCCAUCUCAACCUCUCCAACCUGUCAGGGAGGACCCUGGAGGAAUCGUUCCAACAAAACGCAACAAGAGUGGAUCCAGUGGAUGCGAACGAAGGCUCAGAGAAAAACAGUCCAAGGAGACUUUCUAAGUUUGACCAGGGCACCAUCCGACUGAAUCUAGCCAAGGGCAGCGUGAAGGGCACGAUGAAGGAAGCUAAGCUGAUCAACGUCGAUAUUGAUUUUGAGAACGAUGUGGUGGAGAAGAAGCAGAGAAGGCAUGUGAAAGAUUUGUUCGAACAGAAGCAGGAGGUCAAUCGCAGGUUGAGUCCGUCUCCUAACGGGCAAGGGUCGCAGCGUAAACAGAUUCCCGAUGGAUACACGCCUCGCAUGAACAUUCUGAGCAGCCCCUAUGCGCACUAUGACCGUGAGAAUAACAUCAAAACCGAGACGCUGACACCGUCAUCCAAAGACUUGAAGGGAGCCAUGAGAACCGCGUCCAGUCAGAUCAGCAAUGAGUUGACUGGAAAGAGUAAGGGUAUGACCACCUGCAAUGUGCCACCUUCGCCUCACAAUGGAUCGAGUCCCGUGUCAAAGUUCAUCCAUAAGGUGCUCAGACGAAGGAGCAGUGGGGGAAAGGAUUUGCUGAAGAAGGGCGGAGUGAGUCCUUCGAGCAACAUAGGUAGCUCCGAGUCACUUAAUGGGGGCUGCGGAUCUUUGAGACUGGGCAAUAUCGGACCUGAGCCAACCCUCCAGGGGACUGCAUAUGAUCUGAUGAAAAUGGGGGGUGGCGAUUUCAGCUCCACUGAUGGAGAUUGAGAUAGUAAUUUGAUGGAUUUUAGACAAUCUGGCUGAAUAUAUCUAUUUUAUCUGCUGCAUUAAAAUGAGGUUGCUUAAAACUUGUAGUAUUAAAAUUAUUUAAUAGUUACAGUACUAUACCUCUUUUGGUUAAUAUUCAUUUCUUCAUACUAGUAUUUGCCAGUUAAUGAGUACAAUUUAUGGUUGGGUUGUUACCAUAACAAAAUGUUGAAAGUACUCAUUCACUCAAUAUGUCAUUCAAAUUCUAUUCCCAUAUUUAAUUUGGAAUGGGAGCUUAGGCUUAGGAUUUAUAGUAUGUUGUAUUUUAAUUUAAAAAUAAAUGACUUGUAAGUCAUUUUUCAUAGCACUUAUGUGCAGAACCCAAGGCUACCAAUUCGAGUGAUGCAUCAAUCAGUUGUUUAUGAUUACAUUUACUUCCCAUUUUUUUCCUUUUUUUCUUCAUAGAGCAAGAGAACAAAUGCUAUUCAUUGCAUGCAGUAUUGAAAUUUCAGGUCAAAAUAUUAAUAUUUUGAAGAGUGAUUCUUUCAUUUACAUAGUGUAUGAUGACAUACACACUCACUGCUAACCAUAUGUAUGCAUCAUGCUAGCAUCUGCAUGUUAUCUUUUUAUUCCUCA